AUGGCAAACAAGCAGGAGAUACAGGACACCGAGGAAUUACUCAAGAAACAGUCACUCCCUCCACCCCAUGUAGUUGACAGUAAUACACCUAUAAUCCCCUCUGAAGAAGACGCACCCGAGCCAUCUUCUCUUGCGCCCUCCAACGCCACCAACCCCUCAGACAUCCUGAAAGCCCUCACCCUCCACAACUCCCUCCGCCGCUCUAGAAACAUUCCCCCUCUUACCUAUGACAAAUUCCUCGAAGACUCCGCCCGUCAAUGGGCAGAACACCUAGCCAAAAACAUCGGCAAACUCCAGCAUGCAGCCGACACUAGUCAAGGAGAGAACAUUUACUGGGUGAGAGGCGGUGGAAUCAAGAAAUAA